GUGCCGUCGACGCCAGAGCCUCUAGCGGAGACGGCUGAAAGUGAAAGUCGCUUGCUCAGUGCUGAGCGAACCGUCACGAAGUGUGGAAGUGCGCGCCGCGAGCGCAGAGGGUGUGUUCGUGAGUGAGCGGGCGCCGCCUGCCAGCAGUGCCAUGGCGGACGAAGACCAGUAUGGAAUCAGCCAGAGUGGCCUGGUGGCCCGCAGUCCGGAGGGACAUGCAGCGCGUGGCAUGCAGAUCAAGGGCAAUGAGGAUGUCUGGAUUGAGAUCCAGGCGCACACCUUCAAGAACUGGGUCAACGAGAAGCUGGCGCCUUCGGGCCUGCUGGUUGAGGACCUGGUGGAGGACCUGCGAGACGGCGUCUGCCUCGUCACCCUCGUCGAGAUCCUGCAGCAGAAGAAGCUGCGGAAGAUUGCGCGCCCGAUGAACCAGCACCAGUGGCUGGAAAAUGUUACCACCGCGCUCAGAGCCAUCGAGCAGGACGGCAUCAAACUAGUCAACAUCGGAAACGUGGACAUAGUAAACGGAAACCAGAAGCUGAUCCUGGGCCUCAUCUGGAGUCUCAUCAUGAAGUACCAGAUCGGCCAGUCCAAGUUCCCGCCCAAGAAGCUCAUGCUCUCCUGGCUGCAGGGUGUGCUGCCAGACUGCAAAGUCAGCAAUUUCACCACCGACUGGAAUAACGGUGUGAAUCUGAACGCCCUGGUCGACUACUGCAAGCCCGGCCUGGCACCCAACUGGCAGAACCUCGAUCCCACCAAGGGCGUGGAGAAUAACCGCACUGCGAUGACUCUCGCCAAGAAGCAUUUCGGCAUCCCGACGGUGCUGGACCCCGAGUACCUGUCGUCGCCGUACAUCGACGAACUUUCAGGUAUGACGUACCUGUCCUACUUCAUGAACAAGGACGGUCCCGGCUACAAGUCGACGCUGGACUGGGUGCGGCGCGAACUCCCUGACGAGCGCAUCAACAACUUCACGUCCGACUGGAACGACGGUGUCAAGCUGAACAAGCUGGUGAAGAACCACGGAGGUCGUCUUCCGCCGCCCGAGAACCUCAGCCGUCGGCCAGACAACUGGGAGGACAACAUCCAGAAAGCGGUGGACGCCGGAAAGCGGCUGGGCGUCCCACCCCCUCCGCUGACGGCGCGUGACCUGGCUGACCCCGAGGUGGACUACAUCGCGCCCAUGUCGUACGUGGCGCGCUACAUGUGGCUGCCGCGGAAGGAGGUGUCACAGAACCAGCUGCGCGCCUCCUGUACCACAAAGGCCAUCAGGGUCGGCGACCAGGUGAACUUCCGUCUGGAGUUCGACGGUGCGCCGGUGGACCCCUCGGAGCUCCGUCUGGACGUUCUCGGACCGGGCUCCAGGACCUCCCGGGUACAGACUCGGCCGGACGACACGGGUAUCACGUGCAGCUUCACACCGGAGGUUAUGGGACAACAUCAGGUACGGGUGUACCACGAGAAGGAGCUGGUCGAGGGGUGUCCGUUCAGCGUGCGUGCAGUGCCGCUCAUCAGCCUCCAGCCCCGACCGUCCGGGAUCGACCCUUGCGCGCUAGGCUCCACCGUCGAGGUGCUGAUCAACCCGUCGGAGGCUAGUGACGGCCGGAUCAUCGUGACGGCCUACUCGCCGCUGCACCGGCCCCUCGACUGUCCCGUCUCGUGCACGGAUGGCGUCUACUCGGCCAAGUUCCAGCCGGACGAGGUCGGAGAGUGGAAGAUCCACGUCACCUACGAGGGACAGCACAUCCAGGGAUCGCCCUUCAACUGCUUCGUCUACGACCCGCAUGCUGUUCGGGUGGGAGAGCUGGAGGGCACUGAGCCGGGCCGACCGUUCACAUUUAUCGUGGACGCUCGAGACGCCGGCUGGGGCGAGGUGAAGACUGACAUCGUCUGGGAGCAGCGCUCGCUCCACCACACGGUCACAGAGAUUGAGAAGGAGAUGUACCGAGUCACGGUCACGCCACCCGAGUAUGGGAAAUACCGCGUCUAUAUCUACUUCAACGGCGUGGAGAUCAAAGGAUGUCCAUUCAAGCUCCGAGUCGACAAGAACGGCAAGCACUCCAUCACCAAGCGGUCGGCCAACACGGCGGUCAACGCCAGCCGACUGAACGAGCUGAACAGCCGUCUGAAGGCCUCGCCGCCGCCGCGCGUCAAAAACCCCGAGGAGGAUGUCCAGUUCAUGAGGUCCACCCUGGAGGAGAUGAAGAGUGGGUUGCACCUUCAGACCACUCCGAAACACGCGGACCCGUACCGCUAUCGGGCCGACGCGCAGCUCUCGCCACCAGAGGUCGCGCGCCACCUCAGCGAGUGGUACCGCCAGCAGCGGGACGGCAGCGUCGGCCGCCGCUCGCCGCAGCCGCACUACACGUCCCGGGCCGACCACUACGUCAGCGCGCCGCCGGGACGGCCCCGGUCCCGGUCCGGGUCAAGGUCACGGUCUCCGUCACCGGCCGGAGUGAACUACACAUCGAGAACAGAUCGGUACAUCAGCAGUGAGGUGCGGCCGACAAGCCCCCGGCCGAGGUCGCCCAAUAACUACACCUCCAGCUACUCGACCAAGACGGAGAGGUUUUCGUCUCUCCCGCGCGGCAGGAGUCCUCCGCCGACCACUACACACACCACGAGGUACUCCAGUCUACCACGAGCGACGAGCCCGCCACCGUCAAGCACCAGCUACACCACGAGGACAGAGCGGUACCUGUCCUCCGAGAGGAGGGGCCCCAGUCCUCCGCCGGGAGGAACCCCCUCCAAACUGGAGCGUCAGAUCGCGCCCGGUCCUCGCCAUCACUCACCCUACACCAGCCGCCUAGACCACGAGCCGGCUCGGCCGUCCAGCCCUCCGGCUGUCCGGACUCUGACCACACGUACCGAGCACUACUCUUCUAACCAGCGCAGUGUGUCGCCGCGGCCGGAGGCGCCGAGUUACACCACCUCUCGGGAGCGGUAUCUGAGCCCUCGCCGCCGGUCACCCUCGCCACCAGCCACGUCCACGUACACGCGCCACGUGGAGCGCCACGAGCGGCACGUGCAGCGGCGGAGCGACAGCCCGGAGAGUGGCGAUUCGCCGCCGCGCCGCGCCGCCUCGCCGCCGCUCUACUCAAAUACGGUGCAGUACCGACCGGAGAGACACGAGCUCUCGCAAACGCUGCUCAGUACGAGACAUGACGUACCCGGAGACGUUCCCAGAAACCUUCCCUCCCCCGCGGGUACCUCGGUCGGACGAGAGAUCCACCCCAGAACGGAGACCAGACGUGCUGGAGAAGUACACAGCCCCCAAACCAUACCGGCCUGA